CAGAAGAAUCAAGAGAAGAUUCAGGAGAACCUGAAAUGACGAAAAUACCCACGAUAUCCUUCGUCAUCCUCCUAUUAUUUAAACACCAUCUCUCCCCUUUGUCUCAACCUCCAUGUUCGAUAUAUCUCUAACAGAGAAGUAACUCAAAGAUCACAAUUAUCUAAGAAAUUAGAUAUUUGUUUUUUGUUUUUUUUUUGUUUGGGAGUUAUAUUGAGGAAUUACUUGUUAUUAGCGGAGGAGAGAGAAAAUGUUGGGAAUUUUCAGCGGAGCUGUAGUAUCGCCGCCGGAAGAGCUGGUGGCUGCCGGAAGCCGAACUCCGUCGCCGAAAACAACCGGAGAGGCUCUAGUGAAACGGUUCGUCGGAAAAAAUCCAUCCGCCGUGUGUAUACAAGUCGGAGACGAUGUGCAGCUUGCGUAUAGCCACCACAAAGAGAAUCCUCUCCGGCCGAGGUCAUUUGGGGCUAAGGAUGAGAUAUUCUGCUUGUUCCAAGGCUCGCUUGACAAUCUAGGAAGCUUGAAGCAGCAAUACGGGCUUGCAAAGAAUGCGAACGAGGUUCUCUUGGUCAUCGAGGCUUAUAAGACUCUCCGUGACAGAGCUCCUUACCCGGCCAACCACGUCGUGGCUCACCUGAGUGGCGAUUUCGCCUUUGUGGUCUUCGAUAAAUCAACCUCCACUCUGUUUGUAGCCUCUGACCAAGCUGGUAAGGUUCCAUUGUAUUGGGGAAUAACAGCAGAUGGAUGUGUGGCAUUUGCUGAUGAUGUUGAGUUGCUGAAAGGUGCUUGUGGCAAGUCUCUUGCUUCUUUCCCUCAAGGCUGUUAUUACUCGACGGCGUUAGGUGGGCUUAGGAGCUUUGAGAACCCUAAGAACAAGAUCACUGCCAUUCCUGCUAAAGAGGAAGAAAUUUGGGGAGCCACCUUCAAGGUGGAAGGAGCAGCAGUUCUUGCAGAUUGAGAAUCAAGAAGUAAUGAUGUAGGCGAAAUCAAGAAGGUGUUCUAUGAGUUCUAUAAGCUAUCAGUGGUUGGUGAUGAUAUGUGUAGUGUUGUAUCUCUCUGUUGUCUUUUACAUCUUUGUACAGCCGGUGUCUGUCUCUUCUGUUGUUUUUAGUGUCUUCGUCCUAAUAAGUUAUGUCUCAGAAACCCAAAUAUCCACCUUCUUUUGAUCCUUGUAUCUCUUGUUCAUAACUUGUUUCUCCAGUAAAUCUCGCAAUUCUCAAUUUGUCUACACUCACAAACAUGGAUAUGUAAGAAGCUAUAAUGAGAUUGGCAGA